AUGAUUAUCAAGUCGCCGUACGUCGCAACCAUUCCAGAGACAGACGUUCUGUCAUUUUUAUUUGAUGAUCCGGGCUCUCAACCGGAUAUCCCACUCUUCAUAGAUUCACUAUAUCCAACACAACGUGUGACAAGUAAUGAGGCGAAAACAUUAACAAGAAAGUUUGGCAAGGGCUUGCAAAAGAUCGCGGGAGUAAAUGCGGGAGAUGUCGUAAUGGUCUGCGCUGGAAACUCGAUCUUGUUUCCUAUUGCAUUUCUUGGGACUCUUUGUGCAGGUGGUAUAUUUACUGGCGUGAAUCCAGCGUCCACGGUAGGCGAAAUUGCGUACCAAAUGCGACUCUCAGAAGCCAAGAUCAUCAUUACAGAUGCAAAGAGACUACCGUCGGUGCUAAACGCUGCCAAUGACGUUGGUCUCCCAUCAACUGCCAUUUAUUUAUUCGACCACGGAAAAGACCCUAUCGCAAAGCAACCUAAUAUGACUUUCGCAGACCUGACGAAGCACGGAGAACUUGACUGGCAUGACAUUUAUAGGGAUGAUGCACCGAAUAGGUUAGGAAGCUCCUCAAGAACUUACACGCUGAUUUUUAAUCAAAACCCUAGAACUGCCGUUUUAAACUUUAGCAGCGGGACAACUGGUAUGCCAAAGGGCUGCAUGGUGUCUCACCGGAACUUAGUCGCAAAUUGUGUACAGGUUAUGGUUGCAGAUGAUGCUGCAAAUGCACGAAAUGGGAAAGUUGACAAUGCCGGGGAAGUUCAUUGUGCAUAUGUUCCGCUCUACCACGCAAUGGGACUAGUGUCCUUCUGCAUUGUAAAUGUUAAGAGGCGUUGCAGCACCGUAGUCAUAUCAGAAUUUUCCUUAAAAGCAUUGCUCGACGUUAUCGGCUGCUUUCGAGUUACGUAUCUACUUCUAGUACCGCCAGUCGCAGUUCAGCUUAUCAAAAGUGCCGAAUUAUCCAACUCGGAUCUCUCUAGUAUCAAGUUGGUCUUGUGUGGUGCUGCACCUCUUGGUAAAGAAACCUCGGAACAGUUAGAGACUAUUUUUUACCCGAAUAUCGUUCGUGCGCGUCAAGGUUGGGGAAUGAGCGAGGCAACCUGCACAGUAACUCUGUUUGCGCGGGACGAGUACGAUCCUACAUGCGCAGGUGUUGGAUACCUUGCUGCUAAUAUGGAAGCCAAAAUUGUUGGAGAUGACGGUAAGGAGCUAGGAUACGGAGAAAAAGGUGAAGCACUUCUUCGAGGCCCGAAUAUUUUUCAGGGUUAUUGGAAGAAUAGCGCUGCUUCAAAGGAGGCAUGGACCGAGGAUGGCUGGCUCAAGACCGGUGAUUAUGUUGUCGUUCAGAAAAAUGGGAUGUUCGCUGUGGUGGAUCGCAAAAAGGAAUUAAUCAAGGUCAAAGGUUACCAAGUUGCCCCCUCGGAGCUCGAAUCGCAAUUGCUUGAAAGCGAUGAUGUUAAAGACUGUGCUGUGAUACGGGUUAUUCGGGAGGGUCGAGAAUAUCCUCAGGGACACAUUGUCCCAUCCAGAGGAGGAGUGACGGUGCAAACAAUUAUGGAUUUCAUGGCAAAGAAGCUCUCGCCACACAAGCAGCUGGCGGGAGGUAUUGUUUUCACUAGUGCGAUUCCCAAAUCCCCGUCAGGAAAGAUCCUGAGGCGACUCAUAAAAGAUCCAUUUGAGAAAUCCGCAAUUAGACAGCAUAAACUUUAG